AUGGGUGAUAACACAGAGUAUCAAUCAAUCGAAGAUCAAAAACUAGAAGAAAGUUCAUUUUCUGUAUCAACAAACCCGCAAGCAUCAUCGGAACUAGAUGAUAAUCUGGGACAAUCCACGGAGGCAAAUUCAGAAGAAUCAUUAAGUCAAGAAGAUAUAAUACUAAAUCGAUUGAAAGACAUCCCUCACGAUAAAUUAAAGGAGAUUAUAACUAAUCAACUAGAUUUAGAAAUCCAAUUAAAACAUCGAGAAUUGAAUUUGAAUGAUCAUGAGAUUGGUAAGAUUGAGUCACAAAUGUUAAUACUAAGGAAAUUUUAUGAAACUUCAAAUGAUACUAAACUAGAUAAUGAACCUAAUGAUUUCACAGUGAAAUAUUUCAAUUUAUUAAAUAAAUCAUUUGAUUCAACUUAUAACAAUCUCAAACAAAUUCCAGAAGCUCAGGUUCAUCAGAAUUUACUACUACAGAACCAACAAUUACAAAAUCAAACGCCACUGUUUAGUUCAAAAUAUUUAGAUGAUUCCAGUGGCCAUGUUUCUCUUGGAGGUGGUAUUUCUCAACAACCAGGCCAUUCAUAUAGAACCAGAUCAACGACCUCAUCUUUACGCCCAUCAGCAACGUCAAUAGCAUUGGCAACAGUAGGUGGAAGAAACCCAGGUUUAGGUUGUUUAUACAGAAGAACAGAUGGAGUUGUGGUUAGAUUAACAUGUCCUAUAUGUCAAAGAAAUAAUUUCUCAUCCGCUCAAGGGUUUUUAAAUCAUAGCAGAAUAGCCCAUUCUAAAGAGUUUACUUCACAAGAUGCAGCUGCAUUGAAAUGUGGAGAAAUUCUUCCAGAAAUUAAACAAGAUCCAACUGGGGAAGCAAGUAUCAAACAAUUGAUUGAGAAAGGUGUUGAUCCUAGUAAGAACUUGAAUGCUGCUGAGUAUUUAUUUGGUACAGUUAGUGCUGGUCCUGCAACUCCAGGUGCUACUACUACUACUACUACUACUACUACUACAACAACAACUAGUUGUACUCCAAAAACUGAAGGUUCACCAAAGUUUGAUCAUGAAGAGCAAGAAUUACAACAAGAAACACCAGCACAUAGUCCCGUUGAACAACUGAAUGAGUUGAUGAAAAAACUAGUCAAAGAAGGGAAAAUGAAGAAAGAAGAGUAUGAAAAAUUACUUAAAGAAACUAAGGAACCUGUUUCCAAUUCUCAUUUAUUUGAUGAUGAAGUUGAAGUAGAUGAAUCAGAAGAGUCGGGUCUCAGCACUAAUCCUAGUUUUUCAAAUUUAACUAGUUUGAAUGAUAAAAGAAGAAGAGUAUCACGUGGAGGAAUAAAUAUAUCAAUUUCAAAAGAUACAGAAGAAUCAGAAUCGGAACCAGAACCAGAACCGAUUGAAAAGAAACAAAAGAGAAAGUAA